GGCAGCAGCAGCAGUCUCCUCGUGUUGUUGGGGUCUUCUUGAAUGGCAGUUCCUUUAUCCAAUCACUCACUAUCUUUUCCACCUCGUAUUUCAUCAUUCACAAAACCCUCUAGGAUAUUUGCAUCUCCAACUAAAAUCCAACUCAAUCAAUGUCUUUGCAAAUCCAAGUUAGGGUUUCCAGUCUCUACUGCUUCUCCCAUCUCACCAGUCAGGCGUUCCUUCAUAUCCAAAUCAAAGUCAAUUGAUGGGGAGGAGGGUAAUAUUUUGCCUAGUUUGAAGACCCUUAUUCCACUUUACAAGGAGGCCAUUCUUGAUCUGGAUGAACAGACUGUGUCUGAUAUAGAGGCAUUAAUAUGUAUCAUUGUAAAAGAGAAGAACGAAUUGACCCAAAAAGUUGCAACUCUAUCUGAAAAUGUAGCUUCUGGGAAGAAAAACUACAUCCAGGUGCAAGCAGAUUUUGAAAAUUUUAGAAAACGGUUUGAGAAGGAUCGUGCUAGAUUGACAUCUAAUACUCAGGUAGACUUAAUCGAGAGCCUUUUGCCCUUGGUAGACAAUUUUGAGAGAGCCAAGCAACAAUGCAGACCAGAAACAGAGAAGGAAGAAAAGCUUGUUGCCAGCUAUCAGGGCAUAUACAAGCAAUUUGUGGAAACCAUGAGAAGUUUGAAUGUCGCUGUUAUCGGAACAGUUGGAAAGCUAUUUGAUCCCUCUCUCCAUGAGGCCAUUGCACGUGAAGAAUCUCAACAAUUCAGGGAUGGAAUUAUAAUUCAAGAAGUUCGUCGUGGGUUUCUUCUUGGAGAUCGGGUUGUACGACCAGCCAAGGUUAAAGUCUCUUCAGGCCCAGGUCGACAAAAACCAGCAACUACAGCUGAGGAAUCUACCCAACCUACUGUAACAGCUAGCUUGGAUGAAAGUUUAAACCGGUAACAUUUAACCUUUCUACCAGAUUGAAACAUCACUUUUUUUGUAGUCUCUUUUCUUUUAUUUUCCAAUAGCCUGAAUCUCAGUCUUGACAACAUGUACCUUAUGCAAUUAAACCCCCUUUUGCAACAAAACCACCUUCUCCAAUCCUUAGAAAGUUCUAUACUUACAUUGUUCUCUGAAGCCAAGGGUUCUCAAUGGGAUUAAGCUGUUGAUUUGAACCAUUUCAAUGAUAUCUGAAAGUACAUUGUUGAGAUUAAAUUCUUUAAGAACUAAAAGUUGUCUAGAUAUAUAUAUCAAAUUUGAAUUGCUUUGGUUUGAGCAUUUCGCACAAUCUUAUAAAAGUGUAACCUGAAUAGUAAAUACAUAGAAGCUGCAAGGAAGAAAAUUUCUGUAAUGAUGGGGAUUUUGUUAUAUGCUAUUUGGUCACUGAAUAUAGAACAUUCCUGGCGUUUUUACCU